GGCAACGCAGAAGCGCGACAGAUAGUCUUUCCACUGCUCUCACCGCCUGAUAAGAAAUGCAGAAAAUAGGCGAGUGAAGGCGGACGCCGUCUGCGAGGGUCUCUUCUCCAACGAUCGACAACAAUUUCUGCUCAGUGUCUUAUUCGUGUAGGCCUGAGGAAUGAAACUGGCCGACUAACAUAAUUAACGAGAGACCAAGUAGUGGUGCGUCUGAACUUGGUGCGGAAGACCUUUGCUUGAGACACCUCGGACGAGCUUGACGUCUGUUUCGAAGCAAAUGAACUUGGAAUUGUGGGACGUGGAAAACGAGUAAAUAUUGCUUCUCUGAACGGCAGUACUCCAAGUAAGGAGCGUUUUUGUGAAAGGAACCAAGCUUCGUGAUCGUUAGUCGGUCUACACUUAUAUCGUCAACAAGUGGAUCUAUAUGCUUCAAGAACGUAUCGUCCAGAAACCAUUCUCUCGGCGUGAUCGUUUCUUGUGCAAUCUCUGCCGUCUGCGAUAAAGUUUCGGGUCCAGACACAUCAAAUUUUAUCACCACUCAAAGCAUGCGUCGUGAAUGUGGUGAGCACAAGAGAGGAAUUUUCGGCACACGGACGUCACACGCUGGCAGCCCCGGUCGUGAUGCGACGGAAAACGGAAAAGCGAGCCGAUCCUCCCAGAAGCCACGUCCUUCCCCACCACCACCGUCACGUCCGCAGUACACCCGGUCCCGUCACUCGUUCUCCGUCGACUGCGGUGACGUCCUCCCACACCCGCGACUCUUGGGCACCCCACGUCAGGCUCUAGCAACCGUCGCCCAAGACCCGCCUGACACUCACCGACUCGUCCUUCUUGGUAACGCUCGCGUUGGUAAGUCAGCCAUAUUGCACCGCUUCCUCUACGACCAGUUCCUGCACGACUACUCUGCGACCGUCGAAGAAUUUCACCGGGGCGAUUUUGACGUGGGAAAUAAUACAACUGUCUCUCUGGACGUCCUGGACACGGGAGGCUCCUUUGAAUUCCCGGCGAUGCGACGCCUCGCCAUCACGUCAGGCGACGCCUUCGUCCUGGUUUACUCCAUAGACGACUCAGACUCCUUCGAGGCAGUCAGGAGGUUCAGGGAUGAUGUCCUCGAGGCGAGACGCCGAGUGCCGAUAGUCAUCGUCGGAAACAAGCUCGACCUGGAAGACUGCAGAAACGUCCGCAAAGAGAUGGUAGAAGCUUUAGUGUGCAUGGACUGGGAGCACGGCUUUGUAGAGUGCUCGGCAAAGACCGGAGAAGGAGUUCAAGAGAUAUUUAAAGAGCUGCUCGCACAAGCAAAUUUCACAAAGAAAGUGGCUAAAGCAACGCAGCACCGGCGGAUGUCGCUGCCAGUUAACUCGCUCGGUCCGAUGAGAGAACCACUCAGUCCUGGACUCAAGCCCAAGGCUGCAAGGAAACGAAACAGUUGUGCUGUGUCGUAAACAAUGACGUUGCGUUCCUGCAGGUCGUCAGCGAUGAUGCUCAAUGACCGACAGUGGGACCGUCUUAGCAGGACUGGGACUGUUCUGUGCUCACAUCGGAAGGGACGGCUCACUUGUAACGCCAUACUGUUGAAUGUAUUUGUUGACACCAGGGCCGGCCAGGGGAGUUGACAUCUCUUUCCCUCUAUACCCUCUUCCCUCUGAAAGUCGAACCCCGGCCACCUAGAUAUUCUGUACGGCCCUGAGUACUUUCAAUCAAUCAUGAUCCGCUUGUCCUGUUGCAACUUCGAGGACAUCAGGAAGAAUUCAGUGAAACAUGUUCACCUGUUCUGUCCAUCCCUCAGGUAAAAAUUUGAACGGGAAAUAUGUAACUCAUCUUCUGUUUCCUGUUGCACAGAGGGCUUUAUUCAUUGUCGUCCCUUCGCUACCUCUCUCAAGUGAAAAGAACACCGGACGACUUUCCUUAGAUGUGUACUUAAGACGUGUAUCGUAAUGUACGUAAAGAGGACGUAAUCAUCAGGAAUGGUUCUUAAACAAUUACAGUCUGCGAUGCAUAUUCCACGCGGAACACAGCUAGUGAAACUAGAAAAGUGACAUUUCAUCCUUGUACAGUAAUUUCUUUAGCGCCGGCAGGACCGUGGACGACAUUAUGGUCCCCUCCAUGAUGGCCUUUAGAUGGCCACAGCAAGCGCUCCCGUCGUCACGGUCAUAUGUUGCCCAGUAUUUACAUGUCCUUUAAGCGCCCACCCGUUUAGUGAACUCAUGCAUACUUUGGGUUGAUUGGAGGCGCGCAGAGGGAUGUUGACAACCAGUCGAGCUAGAACUUUCGGCUCUCUCUUCUUUGUCCACGCUAUACAACCGACAGACAGUCGAGUGGAUUAGACAACAAGCCGUCCUCUCAUUAAGUCCAAACUGUUAGAGAGAGCAACAUUCGUGGGGCGUAUCUCAAACUAAUUACAGACCGAGUACCGCAUGGAAGGGAGAACCUCGUAUGUCCUCAAAGUCGGGAUUUGUUUCGAAAAGAAAAAAAGAUACCUCUCGAUUAUAGACAGCAACGGAGAUCUACGGUAUAUGGCGGCUGUUCCUGGGCUAUUCAAGUUAUUCACACUUAAGCGUGAUUCAGCUCGAGCAAUUUCAAAGCAUGGAUAUCAAAUAGUAGUGUUUUUGAGAUUCCUUAAUGCAGCACGAGGUAGGUAGAACAGAGGCCGGGUUCUACCCGAAAACCAUUCAGCCAUUGGUGUUUGCUGUCUUCGUAUCUUUGACGUCAGAGUGGUGUAUUUUCGUGGUUUGCGGUGUGGAUACGUUUCCGUAUGAGAGUGUAAAUCAUAUUUUUAAUUCUUUUCAAUAUCCGUUCGUGACGUGUGGAAAAGUGGGAUAAUGGAGGUGACUGUCGAAAAAUGGUUGUGUACCCAUUUAAAGGGAAAGGGGCGAGAUGGUAUACGCCGGUAACAAACCCGAGACAGAAGACCAGAACCCAGGUACUUCCUUCUCUCAGCAAGUUGUUCAAGGCUCUCGUUAUCGUUAAAAGGUUGCUGUGUUUGAGAACAUGUUCCCCUGUCUCGGGUUUGUUUGUAAUCAGCUUUCAUUCUAAGCAUUUAGUCAGUGUCCACUGUAUAUAGUCAGUCAAGACCGGUGGUUUUCAAGCACCUUCUCAAUCGGGAAAUGUCUCCCAGUUCAGCCAUUUGUAAUAAUAUCCAUAUGGCCCAACAACGGUUGCUGGCAAUAAUGUCGUCGUGUUCUCGUAUAUCAUAGCGUUGUGAAUGUUAUCCGUGCGUUACGUAAAGGGUAUUGCGCAACCUCAAUUUUGAAGCAGCGCGGGAAGAAUGUGAGCAUUUCUUUCAUACCAAAAUGGUAACGUUGCCAAUUCCUUUACUGCAAAGAACACCUGAUCGUCAGCGCUUUUUCUGCCUCGAAAUCAACUAGAACCGCAUAGAAAGAAACAACCUUCUGAAAUCGCUGAAGCCACCUUGGUAACUACCUAACAGCGAUAUUCCUAAUAAUGAUACAUCUCUUCUUCCAUAGCUAUAAAUAUAUGAUAUAUAUAUAUAUAAACGUCCAGGGGUAUACCAUUAGAGCAAAGAAGAAAACCUGCGGAGCCAUAAAUUUCAGAGUCGUUCUUUCAGUGUCGAUCGAUGUCCUCCAUACAUUCAAUGCGACUCCGCAACUUUCAUCCCAAUUAAUAUUACAAUUUUCCAUCGAGGCGAAUCAAUUAAAAUUUACGAUAAUGAUUGUUAUUCUAAAGCGUUCCGUCACCACAGGACUACGUCGAAGGGUGCCUUGAUACUCGGAAGUAUCGUAGAAGACAACUAUAAGAUUCAUCAAUUUCGUUAACGAAACAUUUUGCAAAUGCUUCACAAUGUGCGUCAGACUGACAUGUUUCGGUUUUUCAAUGUCGAAGUUAAAGUAGUAAGCAAAACACGAUAUGCCUAAUUAAUCCUGAAUUUCAUAUCUCGAAAUCUAUAAAUUACUAGUCGUCUGUGCAUAGCUAAAGAUGGGCACCCAUAUGACAUUUUUAUUUUUUUUUUUUUGUCAUUUGAUAUGGUGGUUCAGGAGCGGUCGUCAUACCCCAGGCAGACGUUAACCUCGGGACAGCUCUUGCUUUCACACCGCGUCCACCUGGCCCUUAAAAAUCGAAAGGUUCGAAUCCCUCCCUUAUCCUUAAAUAUUUUAGUCUGAAACUGAUCACAUCACACUAAUCUUUCAGAUAUAUUGAUUAUAAAUGCGAUAUGACCAUUUAGAGGACCACGCGUGGCAAGAUUAUGUGCAGGCAAUGGAAAAGUAUACAAGAAGAAUGCACGGUACUAAAAUUUGAAUGGUAUGAAUAAAGAUUGAUGUCACAUCAUACCAGAAGACCGGAUUGAUACACAAAGAGAAACCCAUCCCAAGUGCUUACAACUGUCUUCUGCGUAAAGAAUCUCAAGCAGCCAUCUUGAACCCACUCCUAACUUUAUGCAACAUUUUCCUGGUGAUAUAUGAAACAAGAUUUCACCUUCUUGUACAGUGUUCGUGUGGUUUACGGCUCUCCGUAUGUUGUCUUCCAGAGCAAUCGUGUGAACAAAAAAAAUGAUAUUCAGUGUUCUUCAUUUCUAAAAUGGAGCUAUAAAUUUGUAACAGCAGCGAUUUGAGAGUCCAAACGUCGCGCUGUAUACAUUUAUGUACCGUAUAGGUGUACUUGUAAGGCUUGUAAACUGGAUGUAAACAUUCCAUCUUUUAAUCAUUGAAACUCCCUCGAUUGACAAAAAAAAAAUUAUUUUUAUUAUCUUGAAACUCUCCAUUCAUCAUCUCAAAAUAAAGCUGAUGUCGUUGUUGUUUUAUUAUGUGCGUAAUCUUCAAUGAUCCACUACAUAUAUUUAACGAGCUUCAAUAAAAACAUGUUUCCUUUUC